UGAAGCGCCUGUGAAGUCAUCACGCGAUUUGUUGCUGUUGUUGUUUAUUCAAUUCAAAGUUGGUUGAUCAUUUUUUGGUCGACACCUGGUAAUUGUCAGCUGUUACAUUUUCGAUCACUAUUUACCUCUCUUGUUUAUAAAUGAGCAUGGUAUCUUGCAAGCAAAAUGUUUGAAGGCCAACAAUACGAAUCCUAUGUGGUAACUGAUUGCACAAAGACAGAAGUUUUGUCCAUCAAGCAAGAAGAGGUUGAGCUGCUUGAAAAGGAUCUCUAUGGUUGCCAGUUUUGCCCAUCGUUGGUAUUUUCUACUUAUCAUCAACUUCAGCUACAUCUUGAGGAACACCUGGAAGCGAAACUCGCAAUUAAAAAGGAAUCUGGCGAAGUCAUCAAAGACAUAGAUGAGGAAUUUAUUUCCGAUGAAGACAUUUCUGAAACGGAACACAAUAAUGAAAGUCCUGACAAAGACCCAGACUAUUGUGUAACUGACGAAUUCUCUGAAUCUGACUGGCCUAAUGAAAGCGACUCGAAGAGCAGCGAAGGAUUAUCAAUAAAAAAUAGUGGGAACAAAUCCAGAAGCCUGACCAAAAGUAUACGUUCAUUAAAAAGGAAUACUUCGGAUUCUGAUUACGAAGACCUUUUCUGUCGGAUCUGUAACAAGAAAUUUACUCGCAAGCAAAGUGUUCGCGUUCAUCUCAGAAUUCACACAGGAGAGAGGCCAUUCAAAUGUGAAGAAUGUGGCGCGUCGUUCAAACAAAACGGAGACCUGAAGAUGCACUUGACCACUCACCUGGGACUGAAGCCGUACAUUUGUGAAGUGUGCAACGUUCCAUUCAGGAGACGAGGCGAUGUCAACCGUCACAUGCAAGUUCAUACUGGUUUAAGGCCAUUCAAAUGUGAGGCCUGUGAUAGAGAUUUUGUAAGAGCUAGCCACCUGAAGCUACACUGGGAAAACAAGCAUGAGGAAUUGCAACCCAAAAAAGAAAAGGACAAUGUAAAGCCCGUUGUACCGCGUGAACGCGUACAUUGCUCCAUAUGCACAAAAUCGUUUAAAAGCAAAAGGAAUUUAAAAGAGCAUCAAAAAAUUCACACUGGAGAUAAGCCGUACAAGUGUGACGUCUGCGGGAAAGCCUUCCUUCAUUCUGGUUCAUUUAAUAUCCACACGAGGAUUCACACUGGGGAGAGGCCUUAUCCAUGCAAAAUUUGUAAGAAAACGUUUAUUUGCAGCAGUGCUUUAGGGAAACACAUGCAGAAAUCCCACGCAGGUUCGGAAUAGUCUUGCCAAUCAAGAUGCAUCGUAGAUCAUAUUUAACCCGGAAGCGAAUAGGAUCCAUUGCCCGCUAAUAUUCUCAAAUACCUCCACUUUUAUAGUAGUCGGUAAUUUUCAAGUAUUCUUGAGAUUUCAUUAUGAAUAUCAGUAGGGUAGUUAGAUGAACAUAAUAAUCACGAUUAUGUUAAUCACAUGAUUAUCAUGUUGUUGAUCGUGUUUAUUUCAGUUCAAAGAUUAUAACCACAGAAAAGAGAUAAUUUCUUUUCUGUGUUAUAACUUGAUCAUAACUUUUUCAGAACAAUUCAUACUUCAGUUGUUUGUUUUCGAUUGGGUGAUCAUGGGGGAAUUUGUCAGUAAUUAUUUUCACUAUUGUCAACAUUUAACAACUUAUAAAAUAAACCAAGUUUUAUAGUUUUUGUAUUCCUUGAUUGUGGUAAAUAUUUUGUAGGUUGUUUAAGCAGUGAAUUUUAAACGUAAAAUAUAUCGAGCGAAUUUUCAUACUUUAGUUCUUGGAGUUGCUGUAUCUAACAAUUUAUUUCGAGCUGGAAUUCUAGACCAAACACUGUUUACACAAUCAUUUUAAUUUAUGUUCUUUUUCUGAUUUUUGGGUCAUUAAAAUGCAGAAUCAAGCAGAUUAUUUAUUCUUGUAGCAUUUUAAGUCCGCGACAUCAAGCAUAUUGUCUAAUGGCGCACGAGUAAAACUGUGAAAGACUCAUUUGGAAGAUGUAGGCAAAAUAUUUAUUUUGAAAGGCUUCAACGAGUUUAUUUUAAAAGGCUUCAAUGAAUGCGUUUCUUUUGGAAUGUAGACUCGUACAACUGCUGAGUAAACGAAUAAAUUGUACCUUGGUCGCCACAGUAGCUACAAUAAAAAAUUAUGUUCUAACCGAAGGAGACAGUCAAAGCUCGAAGCUCCACCAGACAACACGCUUUGAAGAAAUAUUUAGUUCUAUUUUGCCGUACUUUCAAGAUCUUAUACCCCUUCUUUAGAUCAACACUCCCAGCGCUAAAGUCGCUUUGAACUGCAUUCUGUUCUCAAAGCCUUCGAGCUGAUAUCAAAUUUUUCCGUUCUUUCAAAUUCUUAUAACUCGUCAGUCAUUCUACUAGCCGUUUUCCUUUAGUUGCCCCUUUCAGUUGGGCAUGGUAGCUACGUCAUCUGUGAAUAGUAGCCCCCAGAUCUCUUUAGCUUUUCUAUAGCAAAUGCCCACAUUGACACAGAACUCCUGCGAGUCUUCCACAAACCGCUUUUACCACUGUACUCAUUUUAUCUUCAGUGGCUAUCGCCAAAUUGUCAAUUGUUUUUGGCACACCUUUUCCUUAAGCACCAAUUCCCCACUUUUCUGGGUAUAUACCUUCUCGAAAUCAAAGAAUAUUUAAGAAUGAUUUUAUUUGCGUCAGGUCAAGAGGCCUUUCGUAUUUUAAAACCAUUCCUGGCUUUAAACUUUGUUUAUUUAUAACUAAAGAAAAGUAUGAUCAAGAUCCUGAAACAUAAUUUGCCCUUUCGCCAGACAAUCGGUAAAUUACUACUACUAAGACGUCACAAGCAGUUAAUACUGCACGACGCGUCUCACAAUGCCACGCCAGUUCUUUCUGUCCUUUGUCAGUUCAGAUAAUCUAUUCAAUGUUUGCGUUUCUUUUGAGAGAUCCAGUUUAAUUCCGAUGCUGGCCAGAUCUUGCCUUACUGUCUGCAUCUAGGUCGCCUUUGGUCUUCCUUGUGGCCGUUUUACUUUCCUGUGAUAUUCUUUAAGGGUUUUCCUUGCUGGUGCUUCUGGAUGCAAGCGCAUGAGAUGUCCUAGCCAUGUUAGUCUCCUUUCUCUUAUUAUUUCACUCCAUGGUUCACAUUUCGUUCUGGCAUAGAGCUCAUUGUUGGUGAUAUUUCUUUGCCAGUUAAUUCCUAGGAGAGGUCUUAGGUGUCUACGUCGGAAGGUGUCGAUGGUGUUUUCUAGCUUCUUCGUUAGUGUCCACAGUUCGCUAUUAUACAAAAAUACACUUGCUAUAUAGGCAUUAAAAGUUCUCAGUUUGAUCUUGAUGGAGUUUUUCUUGCUGCUGAAAAUGCUGUUGGGCGUUUUGCAAGCAUCAAUUGCUAGUAUCUUUCUUCUGUUGAUGUCUUUUUCUGUACCGAGAAGCUGGCUCCUACAUUUCCAGUCAAACUCGUAUUUAUUGUAUGUUAUACAUGUGUCAAAUAAUUUAAAAAAUUUUCUGUUCAAACUUGCUGUAUUGAAAUCAAAGGAACUACUUAAAGGCAGUCUGUCCCCUAUUGUGCUCAACUUUUUUUCAUGGGAGUGAAAUUCACGCACAGUUGAGCUUGAUGGAUAAUUAAACGAUUUAAACCAAUCAGAGACAACUUUGAUUCCAGAGCUUUUGAAGCAAAUGGCUGUGUUCCUGUUGAAUUGAAGCUGUGGCUAGAAAAAUGUGGUUCCAUUUUCGUUUGGUUUGUGCGACAGAUAUGUCAACAGCGAAAGGAAAUGCUUCCAUUAUCAUUCAAUUCUAGUAAUUAAAUCUUCUUGCCAUUUCCGAUCCCUUUUUGCUCGCAGUUUCAAAUGUGUAACGAUCAGGGUUCUUGUUAUGACGGUGAAUAGCCCGUUGAUAACCAGCUCGUUGAUGGAACGAUGGGCUAGGCCAAAGGGCCUAAGCCCCGAACAAGUAACGCACAAAAGAUACUCCUUCUUGAUCUUAACUCUAAUGAUUCAACAGAAAGACUAACUUAUAUCGUGAUCAACACAUACUAAUAACAUAAACGGAAGAACAUUUUUAAGUUUAAUAAAUAUAAAAUCCAAACCGUUACAAAUGUUCUCCGCUACCGCAGCUAGGCUAGUUAAAGCGAGGAGCGUAAUCUGUUAAGGCGAGAAGACUAAUUGCCAAUCAUAUCAGCCAAUCAUUGAGGGGACAGACUGCCGAUUUUCGCGCUACCAUGUUAUCAAAAGAAUAAAGAAGUCUAGAAAAAAGAAACAUAAAAGGCUAGGCCUAGAGCUAGUUUCAUAGAACGGUUGAUAGCUCUUUUGAAAAGGGCGUCUUCCAUCGUUCGUAAGGGCGUGGUUUCGACAAUUCUAUUUAGGGGCAAGCCCCGAGCCCCUAUCUCAACUUCCUUCGAAGGCUGCUCAGCCCCCUGACUUUUGAAUUAAUUCAACUGCUUUUCACAUUGAUUUACAACUAAGCACUGAUUUCAACCCUGCGCUUCCAUGCACUGAGUGCGCCACGGGGUAGAAGCCGGCACCGCGCAGCCAUUGGGCCAGCAGGGGCUAUAGCCCCCCCCCCUCACUUUUUUGCAAUGAUAGGUAGAAAAUUUUUGGAAGAUUUACUCUAAUGCAACUUUGGAUUGUUACUGCAGUGUUUUGGGGUCCCUAUACUGAACUAAAUUUGGGUCAAUUUUUAGCCUCACUUUUUGGGGUUUUCCUGAAGUGUUUAUUAUAACAACUAGCAGUAAAAUUUGCAGACACAGAUCCAUCUUUUUUUAUGUCCUCGAAUGCUGUAAAUUAAAUUCUUAAGAUGGGCAUUAAAAACAUCUUCACAAAAAUGACCACGAUCAGCUGGAAAAUGCUGAUUUUACUUGAGUUGUAGCCUGACUCGCACCUUUGUUGUUCUUUUCAGAGGUUUCAGAAGAUUCAUCAAAGACAGGGCUCAUUGUCUUCGGCCAUUUCUCCUUGCAGAAGGAGACUUGAGCUUGGAAGAUGUUGAUCUUUGCUUUUUCAAAAAACAGGGAAUUUUUCUUAUGGGUUUCGGUAAAAUUCGAUUUUAGAUAUCUGUGAUAUCCCCAUGAAUUAA